UUUACGCACGCAUCCACACACGUAUGCACACACACUGAGGGAGACUUGUAUAGGCAGCCAGAGAGAGAGAGAGAGAGAGAGAGAGAGAGAGAGAGAGAGAGAGAGAGAAAGAGAGAGAGGGGAGCGCUAAGACACAGAAAGGUACACAGAGGAGUGGACAGCAGACAUCCAGACAUCCAGAGAGGCAGAAGGAGGACGGAGGCUCCAGAGCAUCAUCUCCUGCGCACCUUUUCACUUCUGCACACUCCCGGAUCUUAAGUUUUCCCAACACCGCGUUUGUCUGCAGCACUUCCAUCAUCCUCGUGUUUGCUCCAGAAACAGAGAUAUAAAACUUCUGCACAGAGGCUUUAAAAGAUACACAUAUGAAUUUUUGGAGUUGAAAAAGACGCGAUUCUUGGAACAGUUUUUGCUCAUUUCUCCCCCCUCCAAAAAGCCCCAAGUCUUUCCAUUUCUGGAGAAGUUUGAAAAGUAAAGUCCUUGUUAGUUCCAGCGCUCGGCUCACUUUUUCCACGUGUCCCACGGUGUCCCAGCUUUUGACAUAAACGUCUUCCCUUUAGAUUUUGGACUUUUCGGUAGAUUUAGACCCUUUUUCCAACUUUAUGAUAAGACACUGACCCACAAAAGGAGACCAACCAUGAGCUUUCACACAUCAGGACAGUGUUCUGUCUUGUGCGCUUCUUGUCCUCAGUGCUUAAGUCAUUAAGUGGAUUUGUCGGGUUUUCUUUUUCACUUUAAACACUGAGGUGUCACUUUGUACACACGGGGAGCCCAGCGGCACCGCUCACCUGUACAAGCUCCUGCGCUCGUUUUGCACUUUUUGACGCACAGAAGCGCCACUUUGUGACUCUUUUAAAAUAGUGAGGCACCCUAUUUGAGAGAAAACUCGCACUCCAAACAGUCCAUUCAUUCUGUAAACUGAAAAUACAACCGCCUCUUGUCACUUGGAGCGCGUAAAGGAGCGCUGCGCUUUUACGCAAAAACUCAACUCAUCCCAGGGAUCCAGACUGACUGUUAUUUUUUAUUUUAUUUUACUUCUUUACAUAAACGCAAAGUUUUAAGUGGCUUCAUCGCUACUUUCGUCGAUUUUGUUCAAGUCCUCCAGAGACCGCGGGACUCUCCAUCACUAUGCUGUUCGACAGCUUUGACCUGGUGUCGGCUCUGGCCACCCUGGCCGCCUGCCUGGUGUCCAUGGCGCUGCUGCUCGCCGUCUCCCAGCAGCUGUGGCAGCUCAGAUGGACGGCCACCCGGGAUAAAAACUGCAAACUGCCCAUGCCCAAAGGAUCCAUGGGAUUCCCCUUCAUCGGCGAGACCUGCCACUGGCUCCUGCAGGGUUCGGGCUUCCACGCGUCACGGAGACAGAAGUACGGUAAUGUGUUCAAGACCCACCUGCUGGGUCGCCCUCUGAUCCGGGUGACGGGGGCCGAAAACAUUCGUAAGGUUCUGAUGGGCGAGCAUACGCUGGUGACGGUGGACUGGCCUCAGAGCACCUCCACGCUGCUGGGACCCAACUCAUUAGCCAACAGCAUCGGAGACAUCCACCGCAAGAGGAGGAAGGUGUUUGCUAAGGUGUUCAGCCAUGAGGCCUUGGAGUCCUACCUCCCCAAAAUCCAGCAGGUCAUCCAGGAGAGCCUCCGAGUGUGGAGCUCCAACCCAGAGCCCAUCAACGUCUACAGGGAGAGUCAGAGGUUGUCCUUCACUAUGGCAGUGAGGGUGCUUCUGGGGUUCAGGGUGUCAGAGGAGGAGAUGAAACACCUGUUUUCAACCUUCCAGGACUUUGUUGACAACCUCUUCAGCCUGCCCAUAGACCUGCCGUUCAGUGGCUACAGGAAGGGUAUCCGUGCACGGGACACUCUGCAAAAAAGCAUAGAGAAGGCCAUCAGGGAGAAGCCACUGUGUUCCCAGGGCAAAGAUUACAGCGACGCUCUGGACGUCCUGAUGGAGAGCGCCAAAGAGAACGGCACCGAGCUCACUAUGCAGGAACUGAAGGAGUCAACAAUCGAGCUGAUCUUCGCUGCUUUCGCCACCACCGCCAGUGCCAGCACCUCCCUCAUCAUGCAGCUCCUCCGCCACCCGACGGUUCUGGAGCGACUCAGGGAGGAGUUAAGAGCCAGGGGCCUCCUCCACAACGGCUGCCUCUGCCCGGAAGGAGAGCUGAGACUGGACACUAUUGUCAGCUUGAAGUACCUGGACUGUGUCAUCAAGGAGGUGCUGAGACUCUUCACGCCGGUGUCCGGGGCUUAUCGAACCGCCAUGCAGACCUUUGAACUUGAUGGUGUUCAGAUUCCAAAGGGCUGGAGUGUGAUGUACAGCAUUCGGGACACGCACGACACCUCCUCGGUCUUCAAAGACGUGGACGCCUUCGACCCGGACCGCUUCAGCCAGGAGCGAGGCGAAGACAAGGAGGGUCGCUUCCACUACCUGCCUUUCGGCGGCGGCGUCCGGUCCUGUCUGGGCAAGCAGCUCGCCACGCUCUUCCUCCGCAUCUUGGCCAUCGAGCUCGCCAGCACCAGCCGCUUCGAGCUGGCGACCCGGCAGUUCCCCCGCGUGGUCACGGUACCGGUGGUCCACCCCGUCGACGGGCUGAAGGUCAAGUUCUACGGCUUGGACUCCAACCAGAACGAGAUCAUGGCCAAGUCCGAAGAGCUUCUGGGAGCGACCGUUUGAAAGGCGGAGAGUUGACAAGUCCGAGGGGGCGGUCGAGUUUUCAAGUACAAGAAUGAAGGAAGGAAAGAAGGAAAUUUCUGAGUUGUUUUUCUCCCCCCCCCCCCCAUUACCCCCACCCCCCACUCCCCCCUUUGUUGGAGGUUCUUUUUCAGACUAAAAGGAAAGCAGAAGUCUUCGUCUCUUGUUAGAGCUGAUGAUGAUGAUGAUAGUGGGACUUUACUCAGACAAAGGAAGAAGCUGCCAAAAAAAGUUCUUAAUUAUGCUCUAUUCUAUGUAUUUUUUUAAAGAAAUUUACAAACAAAAUGUAUGUACAAAAAGCUAUAUAAUAUAACUAGAAAGAGAAUGUGGGUAGUGCACAACGGGAGAAAGUGAAGCGGUGGUACUUUUGGCGAAACGAAGCGUUGAAACUAGAAAAGAAAGAUGGCUGUGGGGCGAAGGUGAGGUGGAAGAAACAGGGUAUAGGAUGAAAGAAUAUGAUAGUUUAGCAUUUUGCUUGUGCUUAAUUUAAAAGAAAGAAAAUCAGUGAACCAUUUGUCUACCAGGGUAAACAAGACAGACAUGAGAGGUGUAGCAGCAGACUUCUGGUUCAAAUAGAAGAAGCGUAACAGAUUUAACUCAUGAUUCCUGCUUCACUGACAACGGUUUCAAAGAAUGACAGCCAGGGCGGCUUCCCUAAAUUCAGGUGUAUAUUAUUUAAAGGUUCAUCUAAUUAAAUUUAUUUGCUUAUAUACGCAGUACAGUCAUAGAACAGGUUGUGGCAUAAACAGACACUUUGCGUCAGACACUAACUAUAUGAUCAUAUAUGAACUGUUCUCAGCGGUUGAACUGUCCUGAUCGUAUGGGUGAGUCAGUGAAGGAAAGGCUAAGCUAAGAGUUGAACGAAUGGAGCUCUGAUGGAAAAGAAAUUGCGAUUCGAUGUUUUAAUGUACAGACGACAUGUAACGCAAAUAGGCAAUUUGAAAUCUAAGCGGUCUUCAACUGAGAACUGAAUUAGCUUUGGUUAAUAUUUCUCUUUAGGUGAAUGCUCAGUAAAAACCCUUUUACUAAGUCAUUCUAGAGGCUUUUCUUAUUCGGCAGUUGACGCUCAUUUUCACUAAUAUUGGCUGUAGAAUAGGUGGCAAGAACUGAAAUUUACAACUGUCGAAAAAUAAAGAACAUGCUACAACAAAUGUAAAAUAUGAGAAAAAAGCGUUAGUGGUUAAAAAAUAGAUCGUGUUAUUCCUAUUUGCAGCUGGAUAUUUAAACUCAACACAUAAGGAAUGAUCUGCCAUGAUUUUUUCCAAACUAUGCAAACUGUUAAUUCACUCAAUUGUGUACUUAUAUUUAGGGAUGUGUAUUGGCAAGAAUCUGGCGAUACAAUACAAAUCACAAUACUAGGAUCACGAUACGAUAUAUCACGAUAUAUCACGAUAUAUCAGGAUACUGUUAAAAAGCAAUUUU